AUGGAUCAAGACCUCCGCCGUCUGAUCUACCGCAACGCGGAACUCGAGACCGAGCUACGCCUGGUCAAGGAGCAGCUUGCCCAAGCCAAUCAUGCCAACACCUACCUCCUCGGCCGGUUCAGCAGCGCCUCAGUUGAAUAUCAGCCCCCAAGGACCCUCCCAUCGUCACGCUUAAUCUACGAGCGUGAGCCCGAACGCACCGACUUGCUCAGUUUCGACGAGGUCGGUGACUCCGGCUACUAUGAGAGUGGUCCGGUUCCGUCAGCUGCGACCACCGUCAACGAAUCGCCACCUGCUGACGUGGAGCAUGUGCCGGAGCGUCGAGCAGCUGCAAGAGAGGGCGUGGAGAAGGACCAGAUCCGCACCCAGCCUCUCAUCGAUCACGCGGACGCAUACACGCCACCACUACCCCCAGCAGAGAGUCCACCACCAGCGUUCGACUACAAAUCUCUCCGUAACAGACCAACAAAGAGCUCUGUCAGUCGUGGGAUCCUGAACGUGCGCAAGGUCAGUCCUGCUGGCGGAGAGACGGGUUCUCCACCUUCAGAUGAGGCUGGCUUCUCGAUCACACAACCCAGCGGCAAGGUCAUAUGGGUGCCGACAGGAGAUGGACCACCAGCUCGGCCCAAGCAGAAGAGCGACGAGGACGUCAAAGAGGACCCAUCACCAGAGGAAGGCGAACCACAAGCCGCGAUCCCUCAACCACCACCCUCAGCGCCGGCAUACCCAACCAACAACCCCUACCCACCCCACCGCAACCCCUACCCCCGCCAACCACGCACCAACGGCCUCAACUCCUCCCGCUGGAACCCCUACUCGCAACCCAUCGACCCCGGCCCCACCAAAAUCAGCGACCUCUUCACCUCCCCAAGCAUCCCCGACUCUCACCCCCUCUACCGUACCGUCCUCCUCCUAAACAUCUCCCCAACCACCGAAAUCGCCAAAAUCCUCGCCCAACUCACCUCCCCGGCGACCAUCACCAUCCUCAAAACCGCCGGGAUGAAGACGAUUCCGCGCAUGGAGACCAACGCGGCGAUGUUGACGUUUGAGAGUAGUGUGGCGGCGGUGCGGUUUGUGGCGCGGUGUCAGGGGGAGAAGUUGUGGGAGUUUGAGGGGGAGGUUAGGUUGAUGAGGACGGGGACGGGUGGGCAGUUUGGGAAGGGAAGAGGAAGUAGGGAGAGGUAUUCGAACAGGCAGCCGAUGCAGCAGCCACUGUGGUUGCAGAUUGAUGCGAGGGGUGGGUUUGAGCGGCCCGGACGGGAUCUGGAGGUGGAGAGGGGUAUGGCUGAUGAGAUUGGUGUUGGUGGUGAUGAUGAGGUGCAGCUUGAGGAGGAGGCGAUGAUGAGGGAGGGGUAG